CACUAGCUCAGCUCAGCAGCUCAGCAGCUCAGACGACUGUACCGAGCGGGGAUCACAAGCCGUUCAACCGGAGCGAAGGAAAAGAAAAAUCCUGUUGUUGUCGUUUUUUGGUUGUGGAUUAAUUCAAGACGGACGCGCCGAGUCGAAGCUCGCGGUUCCGGAAAAGGAAUUAGACCGACGGACGAGGCUUGGAACGGCGGCUUCUGGAGGAUUACAUCGCCGAAUGGUUCAGUUAGCCCCGAUGCUAAGGAUUCCGGCUCGGAGGAGCAACUGAUGAUGCCUGACGUCCGUCCUGCAGCCACCCUCACUUCCUGCUCGUAGAGGAAGCCGCCGCGCCGUCAUGUCUUCUCACCCACAGUCAGGGCCGCCGGGCCGCCGCGCCGCCCUGGACGCCAGGCACCUGCCCAACCCCGCCGGUCUGCCCCUGCAGCUGCAGCGGGCGCACACGGAGGUGGGGCUGGUCGACUACCACCCCCAUGCCAGGGACUACAGCUCUCACCUGGCUCAGCCGCACCGCCGUCGACCCUCGCUGCUUUCAGAGUUUCAGCCUGGGAACGAGAGGGGACAAGAGCAGCACCUCUGCUAUGAACCCAUCUACCUGCCGGAGUCCAGCGGCCAAUCGGAGAUGGAGUACGAGGUCAAGAGGCCUCGUCUGGACAUGGGACCGGAGUCGGUCAUGAGGCCCGGCGGUCACCGCCCGCUGCUGCCACUAGGAGGGGCCGAGGACAUGAUGAAGGAGCGCGGCGGCGCCAUGGGGAAACUGGAACCCAUCUCCCCGGUCAGCCCGGUCCACAUGGACCCCGACUUGGACCUGGUCCCGGCCCGCUUCUCCAAGGAGGAGCUGAUCCAGAACAUGGACCGGGUGGACCGAGAGAUCACCAUGGUGGAGCAGCAGAUCAGCAAGCUCCGCAAGAAACAGCAACAACUGGAGGAAGAAGCGGCCAAGCCUCAUGAACCGGAGCGACCCAUCUCUCCUCCACCCAGUGAGGCCAAGCACCGCAGCCUGGUCCAGAUCAUCUACGACGAGAACAGGAAAAAGGCAGAAGAAGCUCACAGGAUCCUGGAGGGACUGGGACCUAGAGUGGAACUGCCUCUGUACAACCAGCCCUCGGACACCAAACAGUACCACGACAACAUCAAAAUAAACCAGGCCAUGAGAAAGAAGCUCAUCUUGUAUUUCAAGAGGAGAAAUCACGCACGGAAGCAGUGGGUGAGUGGCCUGAUGACAUUUUUUACGUUACAGAACACCGAGAAGCAGAUGCGACAGCUAGCCGUCGUGCCGCCGAUGCUGUUCGACGCCGAGCAGCAGCGCAUCAGGUUCAUCAACAUGAACGGCCUGAUGGACGACCCCAUGAAGGUCUACAAGGACCGGCAGGUGAUGAACAUGUGGAGCGAGCAGGAGAAGGACACCUUCAGGGAGAAGUUCAUUCAACAUCCCAAGAACUUUGGUUUGAUCGCGUCCUUCCUCCUUCCUGGAGAGAACACCGUGGCCGAGUGCGUGCUGUUUUACUACCAGACCAAAAAGAACGAGAACUACAAGAACAUCGUCCGGAGGAACUACAGGCGGCGCGGGAGGAGCCAGCACGGGCAGCAGCAGCAGCAGCAGCAACAGCAGCAGCAGCAGCAGCAACAGCAGCAGCAACAACAGCCGCAGCAGCAGCAACAGCUGAGCCGCGGCAGCCAAGAGGACAAGCAGAGGGACGGGGAGAAGGACGGCGAGAAGGACGAGGAGAAGAACGAGGACAAGGAGGACAAGGAGGACGGCAUGAAGGACGACACGUCCGGAGAGGACGCCGAGGACAAGGAGCCCACGGUGGCCUUCAAGGGUCGGCGCACGGCCAACAGUCAGGGCCGCAGGAACGGGCGAGUGACCCGGUCCAUGACCAGUGAGGUGGAGGAGACGACCGCGCCCCUCGUCAGCACCGAGCUAACCAAUCUGGAAAUGAAUGAGAGCUCUCGCUGGACCGAAGAAGAGAUGGAAACUGCCAAAAAAGGCCUCCUCCAGUAUGGUCGCAACUGGUCGGCCAUCGCCAAGAUGGUGGGCUCCAAAACGGUGUCGCAGUGCAAGAACUUUUACUUCAACUACAAGAAGAGGCAGAAACUGGACGAGAUCCUGCAGCAGNAAGAGGAGGAGGGAGAGAGCGUGCGAGUGAGCGAGCGAGCGAGCGAGCAAGGAACAUGUGCUGCUUUGGAACACGUCGACCCGACACCAGCUCGAGUAUCCGGCCAGCUGGGGACUAAGCCGCUCUCGUCUCCCCCCGUGACAGCCGGCGCCAACAACAGCUCCGACACGGAGAGCCUGCCCUCCCCGCACUCCUCCGAGGACAGCAAGGUGAAGGAGGAGACCCCCGGCAAGUCCAAGGCGGCCGCCGCCGCUGCCGCCGAGACCCGGGACAAGGACGAGACCGCGUCGGACCUGAGCCAGACCGGCGAGGAAAGAGCGUCCGUCAAAGAAGAGUCGGACUCGGUCGUGAAGCAGGAGAUCAAGACGGAAGCGGCGGAGCCGCCGGGCAAGAACCAGCCGCAGGCGGAAGCGGAGGAGGCGAAGGCGCCCGGCAAAGGCGCCAAGAAGGAGCAAGGGACCAAGACGGGCUCCCACGGCGACAGCGACUCCAGCGCCACCUGCAGCGCUGACGAGGUCGAGGAGCCGGAGAGCGCGGAGAAGAACAGGAUGACGUCUCCGCGGCCUAGCUUGCUGAACUACACCCAAGACCGCUCCCACGACGGCGUCAUCUCCACGCCACUGCAGAAGCCCAUGGACCUGAAGCAGCUCAAACAGAGAGCGGCGGCCAUUCCACCAAUCAUGCCCGAGGCCUCGCUGCAGGCCGGUCAGCGGAGCGGCGGUGCCAAGGCAGUGCUGCCCCCUCAUGCCCUGGCCCUGUACCAGCAGCAGAUCACCAUGGCUCACGGGGAGUCGUCCCAGGAGGCCAAGCAGCAACAGGGGCAACAGCAACAGCAACAGGGGCAACAACAGCAACAGGGGCAACAACAGGGCAAACAGCCGUCCUACUCCUCACAGAUGGACCGAGACAGGGAGGCGUUCCACGGCAGCAGUCCCCGUGUCCGUCCACGCAGCCCCUCCAGUGACAAGGACGGUAAGGAGUCAGAGCCGAGGGUUGUGGGUUCAAGUCCAGGCACUAGUAAGACACCGAUCAGAGACCAGCUCGUCGGCGCCCCCUAUCCCGCUCUCCAGGGAACUCCGGUUCACUCCAGCCCGGCCCACGGGUUGGACCACGGGAAGAUGGCGCCCGCGCAGAUCUCUUGGAUGGACCAGCGGAAAGUGGGCUCGUUCCCCGUGAUCAAGCAGGAGCAGCUGUCUCCUCGGAGCAUGUCCGCCCAAGCUGACAACCUGUCAUCCCAGGGGUCGCCACAUGAUGGUGCUGUAGGACGAGGUUCUGUCCCAGCUGUCCAGGUGGGCAGCAUCAGUAAAGGGAUGCCCGCCACAAGGAUUCACCCAGAUUCCUCCGUCCCGUACCGAGUGGGCUCCAUCAGCCAGGUGAGUGUCGGGAGACCGAAGUGUGGUAGAUAAAUGAAAUGAAAUGAAGUAAAAUAAAAUGAAAUAAAAUAAUAAAAUAAAUAAAGUAAAAAAAUAAAUAAAAUAAAAU